AUGUCAUCAACCUACUUAAAGAACACGGCAGACCCCGUUGAGAGGACCUCAUCACCCUAUCCCGAUCCCCGCGAAAUUGGCCCCAAAUCCAAGAUCCUAUCGUCCACCCGCACCUCCAAUUACCACAGCAGCACAAACUCCAGAAACAUGGUUACCGUCAGUACUGUGAACAAGACGGGUCUUCACCCCGGUGGAGUACAGCCUGUCAAGGAACACACCGAACUUGAGAAUGAGCUUCACGACAAGGCGCACAUUGAUUACGACCGAGUAGCUAUUGUCAGUACUCACCCACCCAUAUUGCCAAUGCGUCCAGCAGCAGAACAGCAUAUACUAACUGCUUCGUGGCUACAGGUCCCCAAUCCCAGUGUCGCUGCCCUCUACGAAGAUGCCCUCGUUUACGAAACUGGUUCUGCCAUCACAUCUACUGGUGCCCUUACCGCAUACUCUGGAGCAAAGACUGGGCGGUCACCUCUAGACAAACGAAUUGUGAAGGAGCCUGGCUCUGAGAAUGAGAUCUGGUGGGGACCUGUCAACAAGCCAAUGACGCCUGAAGUCUGGAGAAUCAACAGAGAAAGAGCCGUCGAUUACCUGAAUACCCGGAAUCGUAUUUAUGUCGUCGACGGAUUCGCAGGAUGGGACAAGAAGUACCAAAUCAAAGUUCGAGUUGUGUGCGCGCGUGCCUACCAUGCUCUCUUCAUGAGAAACAUGCUCAUUCGACCCGAUCGCGAAGACCUCGAGCAUUUCCACCCUGACUAUACCAUCUACAACGCCGGGUCCUUCCCUGCCAACAGGUAUACUGAGGGUAUGACCUCUGGAACCUCAGUUGCCAUCAACUUCGCGGAUAAGGAGAUGGUUAUCCUAGGGACCGAGUAUGCCGGAGAGAUGAAGAAGGGAGUUUUCACCGUUCUCUUCUACGAGAUGCCUGUCAAGCACAACGUUCUCACUCUUCACUCCUCCGCCAACGAGGGUAAGAAUGGAGACGUCACAGUCUUCUUUGGUCUCUCGGGUACCGGAAAGACCACUUUGUCUGCGGAUCCUAACCGUGCGUUGAUCGGUGACGAUGAGCACUGCUGGAGUGAUCGUGGUGUCUUUAACAUCGAGGGUGGCUGUUACGCCAAGUGCAUCGGCCUUUCCGCUGAGAAGGAGCCUGAUAUUUUCGGCGCCAUCAAGUUCGGUUCUGUACUUGAGAACGUAGUCUUCAGCCCCGAGACCCGUCUUGUUGAUUACGAGGACUCUACCCUGACCGAGAACACUCGCUGCGCUUACCCUAUCGAGUAUAUUUCGAACGCCAAGAUCCCUUGCUUAUCGGAAAACCACCCUAGCAACAUCAUUCUCCUCACCUGCGAUGCUCGUGGUGUCCUCCCACCCAUCUCGAAGCUCGACUCUGCACAAACCAUGUUCCACUUCAUCUCCGGCUAUACCUCAAAGAUGGCUGGUACAGAAGAUGGUGUUACCGAGCCACAAGCCACUUUUUCAUCUUGCUUCGCGCAGCCUUUCUUGGCCCUGCACCCUAUGCGAUAUGCCAAAAUGCUGGCUGACAAGAUUGAGCAUCACAAGGCCAAUGCUUGGUUGUUGAAUACCGGAUGGGUCGGUGCUGGUGCCACCACUGGCGGAAAGCGCUGCCCUUUGAAAUACACCCGUGCUAUUUUGGAUGCCAUCCACUCUGGUGAGCUUGCCAAGGUCCAAUAUGAGAACUAUGAGACAUUCAACCUCGCUGUCCCCACGAGCUGCACAGGUGUCCCGUCAGAACUUCUCAACCCAAGCAACGCCUGGAGCCAAGGCGCCGAAAGCUUCAAGCAGGAAGUCACGAAGCUCGGUGGUCUUUUUGUCGAGAAUUUCAAGAAGUACUCGAGUGAAGCCACACCCGAAGUCAUUGCAGCUGGUCCAGCAGUAAAGGUCUAG